UCAUACUUUUUAUUAUUAAAGAAUGUUAACUUCCUCUUUUAGCAUGGCCCCUCUGCCAUCACAUAUGAAGACCAUCCUUUGCUGGGGAGAAUCUCUCCCUCUUUGCCAGGAUCCUUUUUUUUUUGGCAAUUUCUCCUAGUUAUUAGUUUAUGCAAACUCAGGGGUUCAAAAUGAUUUCAAGGGAAGCAUGUUGCCAAAAUAACCAUGAUGUUCCUUCCCAAGCUACAAAUAAGUCAUUGAUUAGCCCACUGGUAUGCCUUACCUCAAUAAACAAGGGCCAGUUGUAUUCUGCCCUGGAUCCUGUAUAAUGAACUUCUUCUUCUCCAUAGCUCACAGGAGGCAGCAAAGGCUGAGGAUCUUCAUGCUUCUUCCCUGGCUCCCCUAGAAUGGAUGUGUGUGGCUGGAAAGAAAUGGAGGUUGCGCUGGUCAAUUUUGAUAACUCAGAUGAAAUCCAAGAAGAGCCAGGCUAUGCCACAGACUUCGACUCAACCAGCCCAAAAGGCCGGCCUGGGGGCAGCUCCUUCUCCAACUGGAAGAUCCUCAUCAGCGACAGCACCAACCAUGAGACGGCCUUCUCCAAGCUUCCGGGAGACUAUGCUGACCCCCCAGGGCCUGAGCCAGUGGUCCUGAAUGAAGGAAACCAGCGGGUGAUCAUUAACAUUGCUGGGCUGAGAUUUGAGACCCAGCUCAGAACCCUCAGUCAAUUCCCAGAGACUCUCCUGGGAGACCGGGAGAAAAGGAUGCAGUUCUUUGACUCCAUGAGAAAUGAGUAUUUCUUUGAUCGGAACCGGCCCAGUUUUGAUGGAAUCCUAUAUUAUUACCAAUCUGGUGGGAAAAUUCGGCGCCCAGCCAAUGUUCCUAUUGAUAUCUUUGCUGAUGAAAUCUCUUUCUAUGAGCUGGGUAGUGAGGCCAUGGACCAGUUCCGGGAGGAUGAAGGCUUCAUCAAAGACCCUGAAACACUGCUACCCACCAAUGACAUCCACCGUCAGUUCUGGCUCCUCUUUGAAUACCCUGAGAGCUCCAGUGCUGCCCGUAGUGUGGCCGUGGUCUCAGUGUUGGUUGUGGUCAUCUCCAUCACCAUCUUCUGCCUGGAGACACUGCCAGAGUUCCGGGAGGAUAGGGAGCUGAAGGUGGUCAGAGAACCCAAUCUCAACAUGAGCAAGACAGUCCUCUCCCAGACCAUGUUCACUGACCCUUUCUUCAUGGUGGAGUCUACCUGCAUCAUGUGGUUCACCUUUGAGCUGGUGCUCCGGUUUGUGGUCUGCCCCAGCAAGACUGACUUCUUCAGGAACAUCAUGAACAUCAUUGACAUUAUUUCCAUUAUCCCCUACUUUGCAACUGUCAUCACAGAGCUUGCCCAGGAGACAGAGCCGAGUGCCCAACAGAACAUGUCCCUGGCCAUCCUGAGGAUCAUCCGCCUGGUGAGGGUCUUCCGCAUCUUCAAGCUCUCCCGCCACUCCAAGGGGCUGCAGAUCCUCGGGCAAACGCUGAAGGCGUCCAUGCGGGAGUUGGGGUUGCUCAUCUUCUUCCUCUUCAUUGGAGUCAUCCUCUUCUCCAGCGCAGUCUACUUUGCUGAGGUGGAUGAGCCAGAGUCCCAUUUCUCUAGCAUUCCUGAUGGCUUCUGGUGGGCAGUAGUCACCAUGACAACUGUAGGUUAUGGGGACAUGUGCCCGACCACCCCAGGGGGGAAGAUUGUGGGCACUCUGUGCGCCAUUGCAGGGGUCCUCACCAUUGCCCUCCCUGUGCCUGUCAUUGUCUCCAACUUCAAUUACUUCUACCAUCGGGAGACUGAGAAUGAGGAAAAGCAGAACAUCCCAAGUGAAAUUGAAAGAAUCCUCAACGGUGUAGGCUCAAGAAUGGGCAGCACAGACUCUCUUAGUAAGACCAAUGGUGGCUGUUCCACAGAGAAGUCCAGGAAGUGAUCAGUCCAGGGCUUCUUGGGUCCAUCCUGUCUCUCUUCUCUCUUCUCUCUCCCUCACUUUUUCCCCUCUUCUUUCUCUCCCUUCCUUCUGCCUUC